CCGAGCCCGACGUUGCUUAACUUCAGUGAUCGGACGAGAACUGGUGCUUUCAACGUGGUAUGGCCGUAUACAUUAUAUAGAAAUUUUUCCGGCGGAUCUUUCUCGCAAAGAGGGGAAAAUACCAGCAAAAUGGAGUCUACAGCGCAAAAGGGAGCCUACAGCACUCGGUGUUCCCAGGCGGUCACCCAUCCAAGUACUAACCGAGCCCGACGUUGGUUAACUUCAGUGAUCGGACGAGAACUGGUGCUUUCAACGUGGUUUGGCCGUAGACAUUAUAUAUAA